GUUUAUCCCUUUAUGUGUAAAACCUUUUUAAUUAUCAAAAAAUGAAAGAGCAACUUCAAAGCAAUCAAAAAUUCCUCUAGGCUUUUCCUAAAACAAGACCUGUGUUUAUAAUGCCAGACGCUUCACUGACUCCUCAGUGAAGAGCUAGUAAAUGUUUAGGAGUAGCUUUAGGCUAAUUAGCAUAAGCCCUGCAGGCGAUGAAAUUCUGAGGAAAGCAUGUCUCAAUCUCUCGCACUCACAGGCAAGUGUAGGCAACGUCUGCUACAUACCACGAAACUAGCUGCCCAACAGAAAGCAGAAACCUCAGACUGCGCACUGUUUCAUGGUUUGACUGUCUUGUUAAUGACUCUGAAGUUCGAGUUGUACGUUUGUUUGUGCCACUCGAAGAAUGACUUUGCAAACAGGCAAUGGCGCUGCGAUGGUUAUGGAUGUUAGUACCGGGGAGAGGAGGUUGGAACCCACGCUCAAAGUCACCCGGACAAGCUCUAGAGGAGGAACGACAUGUUCGAGCCAAUGAUCGCGACUACAAUGAGAGGUUCAGUUAUGCUGACAAUCGCAUCAAGACAGCAAAAUACAACGUUUUCACCUUCCUGCCUAUUAACUUGUUCGAGCAGUUCCAACGUUUUGCGAACGCCUACUUCCUAGUGCUGCUGAUACUGCAGUUAAUCCCAGAAAUCUCCUCUCUUUCGUGGUUCACCACCAUUGUGCCUUUGGUGUUGGUGUUGGCUAUCACAGCUGUCAAAGAUGCUACUGAUGACUAUUUCCGCCAUAAAAGUGAUCAACAAGUCAACACCCGGCAGUCUCAGGUACUCAUCAAAGGAAAAUUGCAGAAUGAGAAAUGGAUGAAUGUACGAGUGGGUGAUAUCAUCAAACUUGAGAACAAUCAGUUUGUUGCUGCUGACCUUCUCCUCCUCUCUAGCAGUGAGCCCUAUGGACUGUGCUAUAUCGAGACUGCAGAGCUUGAUGGAGAGACCAACCUGAAGGUGCGCCAAGCCUUGACUGUGACCUCAGACCUCGGGGACGAUGUUGAGAAGCUUGCAGACUUCAAUGGGGAAGUCAUCUGCGAGCCGCCCAACAACAAACUGGACAAGUUCACAGGGACUCUGUACUGGAAAGAUAACAAGUACCCACUGGACAACGAGAAGAUGCUCCUGAGAGGCUGCGUUCUCCGUAACACAGAGUGGUGUUUCGGCUUGGUUAUCUUCGCAGGACUUCAAACCAAGCUGAUGCAAAACUGUGGGAGGACGAAGUUCAAACGGACCAGCAUCGAUAAACUAAUGAACACCUUAGUUCUGUGGAUCUUUGGAUUUCUCAUUUGUAUGGGGAUCAUAUUAGCUAUUGGAAACACUAUUUGGGAGCAGAAAGUAGGCAGCAGCUUUUGGGAGUAUCUUCAGUGGAAGGAACUCAGCAUUAAUGCAGUCUUCUCUGGCUUCCUGACCUUCUGGUCCUACAUUAUCAUCCUUAACACUGUCGUACCCAUCUCACUAUAUGUUAGCGUAGAAGUUUUGCGCCUGGGACAUAGUUACUUUAUAAACUGGGACAGACGAAUGUACUACAGCCCUAAGGACACUCCUGCAGAGGCGCGGACCACCACCCUCAACGAGGAGCUGGGCCAGGUGGAGUUCAUCUUCUCAGACAAAACAGGCACCCUCACCCAAAACAUCAUGGUGUUUAAUAAGUGCUCCAUCAAUGGGAAGACCUACGGUGAUGUUUAUGACGAGUUUGGGCAUAAAGUGGAUAUUACAGAGAAAACACCAUGUGUAGAUUUCUCCUUCAACCCUCUGAUGGACCGGAAAUUUCGUUUUCAUGACAGCAGCUUGGUCGAAGCCAUCAAGCUAGAAGAGCCUCUGGUGCAGGAAUUCUUCCGUCUGUUAGCGCUCUGCCACACCAUCAUGCCAGAAGAGAGAAAUGAGGGGGAACUGGUGUAUCAGGCACAAUCUCCGGAUGAAGGAGCCCUGGUUACUGCUGCACGCAACUUCGGCUUCGUAUUUCGCUCCAGAACGCCAGAAACCAUCACUUUAUAUGAGAUGGGUCAAGCGGUCACCUAUCAGCUGCUGGCCAUCUUAGACUUCAACAAUGUACGGAAGAGAAUGAGCGUUAUUGUGAGGAACCCAAAGGGGCAGUUAAAGCUUUACUCAAAAGGAGCCGACACAGUACUCUUCGACAGGCUGGACCUGUCUAAUGAAGAGCUUAUGUCUACUACCUCAGAGCACCUUAAUGAGUUUGCCGGGGAGGGUUUGAGAACAUUAGCGCUGGCGUACAAAGACCUGGAUGAAGACGUGUUUGAUGAAUGGAUGAAGAAACUGCUGUUUGCCAGCACAGCACUGGAGAACAGAGAAGAAAAACUUGGGGCUCUGUAUGAAGAAAUAGAGCAGGGCAUGUUGCUGCUUGGCGCCACAGCAAUUGAGGACAAACUUCAGGAAGGAGUUCCAGAGACUAUUGCCUGUCUGACCUUAGCUAACAUCAAGAUCUGGGUGCUCACUGGGGACAAGCUAGAGACAGCAAUGAACAUUGGCUACUCCUGUAACAUGCUCAGAGACGACAUGAACAAGGUGUUUAUAAUCUCAGGUCACACCACGCUUGAGGUUCAACAGGAGCUCAGGACAGCUAAAGAGAUAAUCACGGGUCCCAGCAAAGACAAAUUCAGCAGUGGCCUUGACAUGGAUAAGACAGAAUUGUAUUCAAGUGACUCUGUAUCUGAAGAGACCAUCAUCGCGGAGUACGCUUUAAUCAUCAACGGACAUAGUUUGGCUCAUGCCCUGGAGGCAGACCUGGAGCAGAUCCUGGUGGACGUGGCGUGUCUGUGUAAGACAGUCAUCUGCUGUCGGGUCACUCCACUGCAGAAAGCUCUGGUGGUCGAGCUCAUAAAGAGACACAAGAGAGCCGUCACUCUCGCCAUAGGAGACGGAGCCAAUGACGUCAGUAUGAUCAACACGGCCCACAUUGGCGUGGGCAUCAGCGGACAGGAGGGGAUGCAGGCAGUGUUGGCCUCUGAUUAUUCCUUUGCCCAGUUUCGUUACUUGCAGCGCCUCCUGCUCGUCCAUGGCCGCUGGUCUUAUCACCGCAUGUGCAACUUCCUCUGCUACUUCUUUUAUAAGAACUUCGCCUUCACACUGGUUCAUUUCUGGUACGGAUUCCUCUGUGGAUUCUCUGCCCAGACGGUAUAUGACCAGUGGUUCAUCACACUCUUCAACAUUGUCUACACCUCACUUCCUGUUUUGGCCAUGGGUCUGUUUGACCAGGAUGUGAAUGAGCAGUACAGUUUACACUAUCCAAACCUGUACAGACCUGGGCAGCUAAACCAGCUGUUUAACAAGAGGAAGUUCUUCACCUGUACACUGCAGGGGGUCUGUACUUCUUUCAUCCUCUUCUUCAUCCCAUACGGAGCCUUCAUGAGUGCUGUGCGAGAUGACGGCGCCCACAUCUCUGAUCAACAGGCUUUCGCCGUAACCAUUUCAACCUCUUUGGUCAUUGUGGUCAGUGUUCAGAUUGGGCUUGACACCAACUACUGGACCGCUGUGAACCAUUUCUUUAUCUGGGGAAGUCUAGCUGUUUACUUUGCAAUCCUUUUUGCAAUGCACAGCGAUGGCAUUUUCACCAUAUUCCCAAACCAGUUUCCUUUCAUAGGUACUGCACGUAACACUCUGAAUCAGAAGAUUGUGUGGCUGGUCAUCCUCCUCACCACAGUCGUGUGUAUAAUGCCCAUGGUGGCUGUCCGGUUCAUCAAGGCUGACCUCUAUCCAACACAGACUGACAAGGUGCGUUUACUUCAGCAGGCCACUAGGAGGCAGGGUCCUCAAGAGCAGAACUUCAGGAGAGUCCGCAGGACGAGUUCUCGGCGCUCUGCGUAUGCUUUCUCCCACCAGCAGGGAUACGGAGAACUCAUCACCUCCGGAAAGAACAUGAAGGUACCCACCUCCUCCACUUCCACAUACCCACUGUCCUCGCCCACAAGAGGCCCCGCUGGCACCAGCUCGGUGAACAACAGCUGGGUAAACGACACAUCCAGAGACCAGACAGAGACCUACAACACUGGAUUUAGGAGGGAAAGGGACCAAAAUCAAGAGGUAACAGUGGAAGACUUGGAGGCCAGAUAAAAGAGCGUUUUAUUCUUCUUUUACAGAAGGAAUUAGCGUCUGUCUUUAAUGUGAGAAAAUGAAAAUAGAUUGUGAACUGAAACACUCUUGGACUAUGGGAAGGGUAGACCUGCACAGGAGACUCCAAAGAGCCAGCACAAUGAAGCACAGAUAACACUCAUUUUCUCAUGCAAAUCUGCUCCCAAAAGGCAUGCAUUUGAAUUUGAAAAUGAACCUCAGAUUCAUUUUGAUUUCAUUUUGUGCUAUCACCUCUUCUGGCAUGAAUUCAAGUUCUAUGUUUUCUCAGAAACGUUUUUUUAUAUAUAUAUAUAUUUUGAGAUUUAGGAACUUCCUUUUAUGCAUUUGCAUUGAAGAUUGUUUCCAAAACAGGAUAACAAAAGAAAAAAAAUUAACCGUGACUCAAAAAAAAAAAAAAAAACAGAAUUGCAAAAAACAGAAAUUUUUUUUUCGCAAUUCUGACUUUUUCCACUGAUUUCUGAGCUUACAUCUUAUAAUUCUAUUUUUUUUUCUGGUGAAAAAAUAUCAGAAUUGAGAGUUCAAAAGUCUCAUGUUAAUUUUUAUCCUUUUGUGAAACAGGCUUCCAUAUGCAAAUGUUACAGGCACCAGAAACACUAAAUUAAACUCCAGUUAACGUUCAACAAAUGACUUUGUUCUAAUGAGACUAAUAAAGCUUAAGGAAGCAAAUAUGUAGCUUGUGAAAUAAUGCCACUUAUUUUGUUCUAAACACUGCGACAGCCAUCUACAGUGGUUCAGAUUAUAUAUGCAUUGCAUAUUAAAUAUGGAUAUGUUUAAAGACCUGGACAUUGCACAACAAAUAUCUAUACUCAGUUUACUAAAAUGCAUCCGAAUGCAUCAAGCUACUGGACGUGUAGUAACUAUUAGGAAUGUCUGAUAUCAAUGCUGCAGAGAACAUGCAAUGACUCUAAUUCUUAUGUUGGCGUUAUAAAGCAAGCUAUAGCUUUUCCAUCAGUUAAAUGGCUUUUAAAAAGCUUUAAAAUGCCAUAUUUGAUUUUAAAUGUACCGAAAAAAUACAAAUAAAACAAAUUAAAGAAAGCGUUAAAAACAUUCCACACUUGUCCAUAAUUCAAACCAUAGUUAGUGUUCUUGCAUGCAGCUCAGUGAACGGAUAUUAGAGUUUUUACGCAGUCGUGCCUUCCAUCAAGCGACAGACUGAAGCAUUUACAUGUUCAAACUUCUAGAAUUCAACAUGCAUCUAAUACAAAGGGUUAUUAAGUGGGAAUUUCUUUAGAGAAGGAAUUUUUGUGCCUUUUUGUUUUCCUUUCAUUAAAGGAAGUACCUUCAGUUCUGUUUGUCGACUUGAAUGUGUUGCCAUCACUGAUCUUUUAUAUAUAUAUAUAUAUAUAUAUAUAUAUAUAUAUAUAGAUAUAGAUAUAGAUAGAUAGAUAGAUAGAUAGAUAGAUAGAUAGAUAGAUAGAUAGAUAGAUAGAUCAGUGGUUGCUAUUGAUUUUUUUUUUUCUUUGAUUGUAUUACUGUUCUCAGGCUGUUCAUUGCCCUAAUUGACUACAUUAAUGUAGAUAAUAUUGUUUUUAAAUAAUAUGUCUGACGAAGGGGGUCGUGUAACAUUUUCUGUUUUUGAAUGUACAGUUAAUUGAAUGUUAAAUAUACAGUACAUAUGAUGAAUGUAUGCGAUUUUUCUGCUGUGCUAUUUUGUCAACAAAGACCAUGCAGAUUUAUUGUUUUUAUGUAAAUGCAUGGAUUUUUAUACAAGUCAUUGUCAUUUUUAUAUGAUAUGCAUUAAAUGGCCAUUGUGCCCUCACACGAAAUUCCUGCUUGUGUAG